AUGGGAGAUGCGGCAGACAACAGAGGGAUGAAGCGCACUUACAUUGUGCCCUCCAUCAAGAGCUUUGACCACUAUGACUUCACCAGGGCCAAGAUCUCCUGCAGCCUGACGUGGCUUGUGGCCAAAGCCUUUGGCUCUGAUGCUGUGCCAGAGGAGCUGGUGGAGCCCUUCUAUCAGGACCAGUAUCACCAGGAGCACCUGAAGCCCCCCGUGGCCCACCUCCUGCAGUCAGCAGAGCUGUACUGCAGAGCGGGCAGCCUCAUCCUGCGCAGUGACGCCGUCAAACCUCUGCUGGGACACAACGCCAUCAUCCAAGCUCUGGCCCAGAAAGGCCUGUAUGUCACCGACCAGGACCGACUGGUCACUGAGAGGGACCUGACCAGCACGCCCAUCCACAUGAGCUCGCACCUGGCUCUCAUCGACACCCUGAUGAUGGCCUACACUGUGGAGAUGGUGAGCGUGGAGCGGGUCAUGGCCUGCAUCAACAGGUUUUCUGCGGCGGAGACGUUAGAGCUGCCGUACGACACCGAGGACGCCAUCAUCACCUGGGUCAACAAGGUAAAUGAAAACCUGAGAGACAUCUUUUUGGAGGAGCACAAGCUGAAAGAGGCCACGCUUCAGGACAACACCCAAAAAUCUGUAGACAAAUGGUACUGGAGACUUGUACCUGCUCGCUACAGAAGAGAGCUCGCGCAGCAACUAAGCGCCCCCGUGCUCCCCCUGGUGGACAACCUGCUGAAGGACAACACAGACGGCUGUGCUCUGACCGCUCUGCUGCACUUCUACUGCCCACAGGCCGUAGCUCUGGAAGAUAUCUGCCUGAAGGAGAGCAUGUCUUUGGCUGACAGUCUGUACAACCUCCAGCUGGUUCAGGACUUCUGCUCCAACAAUCUCAACCACUGCUGCCACUUCAGCCUGGAGGACCUGCUCUACGCCCAUGCCUCCAUAAAGAGUAACUACCUGGUGUUUAUGGCCGAGCUCUUCUGGUGGUUCGAAGUGGUGAAACCCUCAUUUGUGCAGCCAAAAGUCUUUGACCCAAAUGCGUGUGAAGUGUCCUGUAGUAAUAUGGCUCCUGUAACCAGUCCAGUGAAACAGAACUAUGCAGAAACCAACGUCUCAGCUCAGUGUGUAAUGAAAAGAUCCACCUCCUUGUCUUUUGAAGAUGGGACCUGGCCCAAAGAAACAAGGUCUUCCUCUCAAGGAAUUUCUUUUGAGAUCCCCCUGGAUGGGGGUCCCCCUGUUCCCUUGUGUGAACCCCUCUCUCUUCAUAUGACACGCUCAGUCAGCAGUGAUGUCAUCCCAUUCAAAGUUCACUAUGCAUCUGAAGGAAACAUGAAGAGCCCCUCCCUGGUGCCUUUAGCUGUCAAUGGGCAAAGGGGACAUGUCGAGGAGGAAGACUGCAUGCCUCAUAAACCAGUGGGACGAAACCACACAUUCUCCAUCAAAAACCAAAGCAGAUACUCAAACGGAGUUCUACCAGAAAGUACCUCUGCUCCUCUCUUUGGUAACAGUGGUCAUAUUAGUCCCACCACCCCUCCGAGUAUUGAGGAGGCUCUAAAGAUAAUCCACGACACAGAGAGGCCUCAUGCCAGUUUGGGGAUUGGGGAUGGGUUUUAUCUCCAUGGGACAGAGCCUUCAGGACCACCCGGAGCUCAUGCAGGUGCCAUGAUCCGCAUGACCAGCUUUGCAGAGCAAAAGUUCAGAAAGUUAGAGGGAAGGAGUAGUGGAGGAACCACACCCGAGAGCUCAGAGCUAAAUGUCCCAUGUGUGCGUGCAGCAAAAACUCCACCUUCUCAGAUUUCUACACCUCCCCUGCCAAUCAUAUCUCCAUCUCCUAAAACAUCAACCCAGAGAGACCCCUCUCACCUGAUUGCUUCAGAAAUGAUACAACUUAGAAUGAAGUUGGAAGAAAAACGCAGAGCCAUUGAGGCUCAGAAAAAGAAGGUGGAGGCUGCUUUCACACGCCAUCGCCAGAGAAUGGGCAGAACAGCAUUUCUAAAUGUUGUGAGACGAAAGGGUGUCAUCCCCUCCAACAGUCUCAGCCCUGGAGAAACAGAAAAGCCCUCCCUGGAAUCAUUACCCUCUCCAAACUCAGCAGGACCAAGCUACAUCGAAAGAGCAGAGCGGUGCAAACCUGACGGAGCAGCUCCAAAAUCUCCUUGUGAAGAUGGAAGUGUUGCUGCUGGUGAAGUGGACUUGUCAGAGUACACCCGCUCCAUUGAGAGGUUGAAUUCUUCACUAGGUUUUCUGCAAACAGAGAUGCAGCGUCUUGCUCAGCAGCAGGACAAGAUCAUGGCCAUGAGAGAACAACAACAACAGGCCUGGGUCAUUCCUCCUCCAGCUCCAUCUCCGCACAGACAACUGCGCGAGUUGCGUAGCAGCAGUGUCACAGGCCGAGGCUCAGGCCGUGGUUCAGUGGGGUCCCUGUCUCCAAACCUGUCCUCCACUGGCUCUCACCAAGCUCCAGAGCGCUCCUCAUCUGGACUUAAGCGCAGACCCGCCUCUUUCCAUGCCAGAACUCCGCGGACUCCUCGCCCCAAUGACUUAAAGGUUACACCCUUCAGUCGAAUGCUGAACACUCCCACAUCAGUGGACAGUCUGCCCAGACUCAGGCGCUUCACCCCACAACAAUCCCAGCUCAGCUCCUUUGCCUAUUUGGGUCAUGAUGAAACACCAGACAGAAUGAGAAACUGUGAUGGUAAAGACGACAAAGAAACAACCAAAGAGGAGUCCUCAGAAAAGAGUGCAGGCACUCCAGAAGGAACGCCACAGAUCCAGCCUCACCAAGAGACUGAGAGUGUGUCUAAUAAAGAGGCCCCUCAAUCAAAACACACAGAAGUGCUGCAGCAGCCAGUGGCGGAGGUCCAAUGUGAGCCAACCCGAGCGGACCUGGUCCAAGUGGCUUUGACUGAACUCAAACUUGAUGAAGAGGGAGAGACAGGGGACGAGACAUUUGGAGAUCAAAAAAUGUGCUGUGGAUUCUUCUUCAAGGAUGACGUGAAGGGAGAUGAUGAUAUGGCGGCAAAGAAAGCAGCUUUACUAGAGAAGAAGUUGAGGAGAGACAAAGAGGCUCAAGAGAAGAAACAACAACAGGAUUUGGAUCAGGAGCAGAAAAGAGAAGCUGCACGUUUAAAAGCAGAAGAUGAGCAGCUAAAAAAAGAGGAAGAAAAGGCCCGCCGUGAAUAUAUCAAAUGUGAGUUUUUAAGACGAAAACAGUUAAAGGACAUGGAUGAGGUGGUCAAACCUCGAGCUGGAAGUCUUAAGAAGAAACCGAGGCCUACAUCCAUUCACAGAGACGUCCUGGAGUCCACACCAGCCCACAGGGGCACAGGAGUGCGUCCUCGAGGAUACUCUGUGUCAAGUGUGUCUCUGGCCUCUCUCAACUUAGCAGACAAUGACAAUCAGCUGGAGCACAAGAAGAACAACAGACCAGAUUCUGCGGGAGGUUUUUCUUCUUGUCCUUCAGCUGGCAGUCGUAAUGAGAAGGACUGGGAAGUGGACUCCACCACCUCCUCUACUCCUUCCAACGCUGACUAUACCGGACCCAAACUUUACAAAGAGCCCAGUGCCAAAUCCAACAAACAUAUCAUUCAGAACGCUCUGUCUCAUUGUUGCUUGGCCGGCAAGGUCAACGAAGGUCAAAAGAACAAAAUACUUGAUGAAAUGGAAAAGUCUGAAAUCAACAACUUCCUGGUCUUAUUUCGUGACGCUGGAUGCCAGUUCAGGUCUGUCUACACAUACUGCCCAGAGUCCGAGGAGAUCGUCAAGUUGGCAGGAAUAGGACCAAAAAGUAUCACAACAAAGAUGAUCGAGAACAUUUAUAAAUACAACUCGGACCGUAAACAGUUCAGCCAGAUCCCGGCCAAGACCAUGUCCGCCAAUGUGGACGCAGUCACUAUUGCAGGGCAUCUGUGGCAAACCAAGAAGCAAGGGACACCCAAAAAGCUCCAACCCAAGUAA